CAGGCAUCCAGGAGGCGGAUGCUGACAAGUGCGCCUCCCCCAGCUCGCCCCACAGCGGAGACCCUCCAGCCAUCUGUGAGAUCUCGCCCUUGGUGUCGUACUCAGGAGAGGGUCUGGAAGCAUUCCUGCAAGGCCGGGAGUUCCAGUCCCCGCUCAUCCUGGAUGCGGACCAGGCCGGGGGAAACGCGCGCCUCCCGGGCCGGCCGGCGCCCAGCCCCGACUCGGCCCACAGCGUGCCCGCCGCGCCGAGCUCCCGAGUGUCCGCGCCGCCCCGCGAGGGCGCGGGGAGGCGGGUCCCGCCCGGCGUCAGAGACCCGCGGGGAGCCCCCGGCGCCGCGGGGGACGAGGGAGGCGCGGACCCCGGCACAGACCCCGCCCCCAAGCCGUCACGGCGGCGCGGCGAGGAGGUCUGCGCCAGCGCGAUCCGGCGCAAGCGCAGUUUGCGAGAGGCCAGAGCGCGUGCGCGGGACUCGGGGCGCAAGCGCCGUAAAGCCGCAGCCCCGGGGGCCGAAGCCGAGGGCGCGGGCGCAGGCGCAAAAUGGAAGCAGCUGUCAAGAUUGCAGCGGAACGUGAUUCUCUUCCUCCUGGCCUUUCUGAUUCUCUGUGGACUCCUGUCUUACAUCAACUUGGCUGACCCUUGGAAAGCUCUGAAUAUCAGGUCAGCAGAAGAGGAGAGGCUGAGGCCAGAAAUCCCUGGGCUGAAGCCAGCAAACCCACCCGUCUUACCAGCUCCUCAGAAGGCAGAUGCCAACCCUCAAGACACCCUGGAGGUUUUGUCUAAGAAGCCUCAAAAGCCUGUCCGCUGGGAACCGCCCCACCUGCAGAUCAGAGCCCCUGGGAAGGACUUGAAGGAUGGGACACAGGAUGAUGCUGAGCAAAGGGAGGAAGUCCCCGACAAUGCCCAGGAGGAGGAGGCACAGAGGACGGGCAUCAGCUGGCGGGGAGCCAUGAUUGAGCCUGAGCAGGGCACCGAGGCCCCUUCGCGCAGAGCGGACUUGCCCACCAGGCCCGAAGUGCCGCCGGCCCGGAUGCAGAGCCAACCAGCACGUCCGAACGACCGGCAGCAGGGGGUGAUCGAUGCCUUCCUGCACGCGUGGAAGGGGUACCGCAGGUUCGCCUGGGGCCACGACGAGCUGAAGCCCGUGUCCAGGUCCUUCAGCGAGUGGUUUGGCUUGGGCCUCACGCUCAUCGACGCCCUGGACACCAUGUGGAUCUUGGGGCUGAGGAAAGAAUUCGAAGAAGCCCGGAAGUGGGUGUCCAAGAGGUUGCGCUUUGAGAAGGAUGUGGAUGUCAACCUCUUCGAGAGCACAAUCCGCAUCCUCGGGGGACUCCUGAGCGCCUACCACCUGUCAGGGGACAGCCUCUUCCUGCGGAGGGCUGAGGACUUUGGGAAUCGGCUCAUGCCUGCCUUCAACACGCCCUCCAAGAUCCCCUACUCUGACGUCAACAUUGGCACGGGCGUCGCCCACCCCCCUCGGUGGACCUCAGACAGCACGGUGGCCGAGGUGACCAGCAUCCAGCUGGAGUUCCGGGAGCUCUCUCGGCUCACAGGAGUUAAGAAAUUCCGGGAGGCCGCGGAGACAGUGACGCGGCACAUCCACAAGCUGUCUGGCAAGAAGGACGGCCUGGUGCCCAUGUUCAUCAACACCCACAGCGGCCUCUUCACCCACCUGGGCGUGUUCACGCUGGGCGCCAGAGCCGACAGCUACUACGAGUACCUGCUGAAGCAGUUAUUGGAAGACUACGUCACAGCCAUCGAAGGCGUGAAAGCACACCUGCUGCGGCGCUCUGAGCCUGGCAAGCUCACCUUCGUGGGGGAGCUCGCGCACGGCCGCUUCAGCGCCAAGAUGGACCACCUGGUGUGCUUCCUGCCAGGGACGCUGGCUCUGGGCGUCCACCACGGCCUGCCCGCCAGCCACAUGGAGCUGGCCCAGCAGCUCAUGGAGACGUGCUACCAGAUGAACCGGCAGAUGGACACAGGCCUGAGCCCCGAGAUCGUGCACUUCAACUUGUACCCCCAGCCGGGCCGUCAGGACGUGGAGGUCAAGCCAGCUGACAGGCACAACCUGCUGCGGCCGGAGACGGUGGAGAGCCUGUUCUACCUUUUCCGCCUCACGGGGGACCGCAAGUACCAGGACUGGGGCUGGGAGAUUCUGCAGAGCUUCAACCGGUUCACGCGGGUCCCCACAGGUGGCUACUCCUCCAUCAACAACGUCCGCAGCCCCCAGAAGCCUGAGCCCAGGGACAAGAUGGAGAGCUUCUUCCUGGGGGAGACGCUCAAGUACCUGUUCCUGCUGUUCUCUGAUGACCCGGCCCUGCUCAGCCUGGACACCUACGUGUUCAACACCGAGGCCCACCCCCUGCCCAUCUGGACCCCCGCCUAG